AACCGCACCCCAGGCCCUCCCCACCACCUUUCCUUCCUUCAAGCCCUCUGCCUUCCCAGUCGCCCCGCCCCCUGCCCCUCUGUCCUAGGCGCAAGUCUCCCGGCCUGGGACGCCUGCCGCCAGCGCCCGCCCGCCUGCCCCGCCCCUCGCCCCCCGCACCCCCGCAGCCCCUCCGUCCACUCUCGGCUCCUCCUUCUCUUCCUCCUUUUCCUCCCCGGGGGUGGGGAGCCGGCUCCGGAAGCCCCGGCGCCCCCGCCCCGGCCCCCGCCAGCGCUUUGGAGACGGCUCUCCGUGCUUGAGUGCGCCACGCGGGGCCGGAGCGCCUAUCGCCGCCAGGGCUUCGGAGCGCCCCGACCACCCCUGAGCCCCUCCGGCCUCAGAGCUCCCCAGCACCCCUUCCCGGGUCCCCUCGCCCACCCUAAUCCACUCUCCCGCCCUUUCCCGGAUUCCCUCGCUCACCCCAUCCUCUCUCCCGCCCCUUCCUGGAUUCCCUCACCCGUCUCGAUCCCCUCUCCGCCCUUUCCCAGAGCCCCCAGAGCCCUUGACCCCCCGUGCCCUCCCCGGAGCCCCCCCGCGCGUGCCGCGACCAUGGCGGCCGUGCGCGGGGUGCCCCUGCUCAGCUGCCUCUUGGCGUUGCUGGCCCUGUGCCCCGGAGGGCGCCCGCAGACGGUGCUGACCGACGACGAGAUCGAGGAGUUCCUCGAGGGCUUCCUGUCAGAGCUAGGACCUGAGCCCCGGGAAGACGACGUGGAGGCCCCGCCGCCUCCCGAGCCCACCCCGCGGGUCCGAAAAGCCCAGGCGGGGGGCAAGCCAGGGGCGCGGCCGGGGGCGGCCGCAGAAGUGCCUCCGGAAAAGACCAAAGACAAAGGGAAGAAAGGCAAGAAAGACAAAGGCCUCAAGGUGCCCAAGGAGUCCCUGGAGGGGUCCCCCAAGCCGCCCAAGAAGGGGAAGGAGAAGCCACCCAAGGCCACCAAGAAGCCAAAGGAGAAGCCACCUAAGGCCACCAAGAAGCCCAAGGAGAAGCCACCCAAGGCCACCAAGAAGCCCAAGGAGAAGCCACCCAAGGCCACCAAGAAGCCCCCAUCAGGGAAGAGGCCCCCCACUCUGGCUCCCUCAGAAACCUUGGAGUGGCCACUGCCCCCACCCCCCAGCCCUGGCCCCGAGGAGCUCCCCCAGGAGGGAGGGGGGCCCCUCCCAAAUAACUGGCAGAAUCCAGGAGAGGAGACCCGUGUGGAGGCACGGGAGCACCAGCCUGAGCCGGAGGAGGAGACCGAGCUACCCACACUGGACUACAAUGACCAGAUCGAGAGGGAGGACUAUGAGGACUUUGAGUACAUUCGGCGCCAGAAGCAGCCCAGGCCACCCCCAAGCAGAAGAAGGAGGCCCGAGCGGGUCUGGCCAGAGCCCCCUGAGGAGAAAGCCCCAGCCCCGGCCCCGGAGGAGAGGAUUGAGCCGCCUGUGAAGCCUCUUCUGCCCCUGCCGCCCCCUGACUAUGGUGAUGGCUACGUGAUCCCCAAUUAUGAUGACAUGGACUAUUACUUUGGGCCUCCUCCGCCCCAGAAGCCCGAUGCUGAGCGCCAGACAGACGAAGAGAAGGAGGAGCUGAAGAAACCCAAAAAGGAGGAUGGCAGCCCCAAGGAGGAGACCGACAAGUGGGCAGUGGAGAAGGGCAAGGACCACAAAGAGCCCCGAAAGGGCGAGGAGGUGGAGGAGGAGUGGACGCCUAUAGAGAAAGUCAAGUGUCCCCCCAUUGGGAUGGAGUCACAUCGUAUCGAGGACAACCAGAUCCGAGCCUCCUCCAUGCUGCGCCACGGCCUGGGGGCACAGCGCGGCCGGCUCAACAUGCAGGCCGGUGCCACUGAGGACGACUACUAUGAUGGCGCAUGGUGUGCCGAGGACGAUGCCAGGACCCAGUGGAUAGAGGUGGACACCAGGAGGACUACCCGGUUCACAGGCGUCAUCACCCAGGGCCGAGACUCCAGCAUCCAUGACGAUUUUGUGACCACCUUCUUCGUGGGCUUCAGCAAUGACAGCCAGACGUGGGUGAUGUACACCAACGGCUAUGAGGAAAUGACCUUUCAUGGGAACGUGGACAAGGACACACCUGUGCUGAGUGAGCUUCCAGAGCCGGUGGUGGCUCGUUUCAUCCGCAUCUACCCACUCACCUGGAAUGGCAGCCUGUGCAUGCGCCUGGAGGUGCUGGGGUGCCCUGUGGCCCCUGUCUACAGCUACUACGCACAGAACGAGGUGGUGGCCACCGAUGACCUGGAUUUCCGGCACCACAGCUACAAGGACAUGCGCCAGCUCAUGAAGGUGGUGAAUGAGGAGUGCCCCACUAUCACCCGCACUUACAGCCUGGGCAAAAGCUCGCGAGGCCUCAAGAUCUAUGCCAUGGAGAUCUCAGACAACCCUGGGGAGCAUGAACUGGGGGAGCCUGAGUUCCGCUACACUGCUGGGAUCCAUGGCAACGAGGUGCUGGGCCGAGAGCUGCUGCUGCUGCUCAUGCAGUACCUGUGCCGCGAGUACCGCGAUGGGAACCCGCGUGUGCGCAGCCUGGUGCAGGACACACGUAUCCACCUGGUGCCCUCACUGAACCCUGAUGGCUACGAGGUGGCAGCGCAGAUGGGCUCAGAGUUUGGGAACUGGGCGCUGGGAUUGUGGACCGAGGAGGGCUUUGACAUCUUUGAAGAUUUCCCGGAUCUCAACUCUGUGCUCUGGGGAGCUGAGGAGAGGAAAUGGGUCCCCUACCGGGUCCCCAACAAUAACUUGCCCAUCCCUGAACGCUACCUUUCGCCAGAUGCCACGGUAUCCACGGAGGUCCGGGCCAUCAUUGCCUGGAUGGAAAAGAACCCCUUCGUGCUGGGAGCAAAUCUGAACGGCGGUGAGCGGCUAGUAUCCUACCCCUACGACAUGGCCCGCACGCCUACUCAGGAGCAGCUGCUGGCCGCAGCCAUGGCAGCCGCCCGCGGGGAGGAUGAGGAUGAGGUCUCUGAGGCCCAGGAGACCCCAGACCACGCCAUCUUCCGCUGGCUCGCCAUCUCCUUCGCCUCCGCCCACCUCACCUUGACCGAGCCCUAUCGCGGAGGCUGCCAAGCCCAGGACUACACCGGCGGCAUGGGCAUCGUCAACGGCGCCAAGUGGAACCCCCGGUCUGGGACUAUCAAUGACUUCAGUUAUCUGCAUACCAACUGCCUGGAGCUCUCCUUCUACCUGGGCUGUGACAAGUUCCCUCAUGAGAGUGAGCUGCCCCGCGAGUGGGAGAACAACAAGGAGGCGCUGCUCACCUUCAUGGAGCAGGUGCACCGCGGCAUUAAGGGGGUGGUGACGGACGAGCAAGGCAUCCCCAUUGCCAACGCCACCAUCUCUGUGAGUGGCAUUAAUCACGGCGUGAAGACAGCCAGUGGUGGUGAUUACUGGCGAAUCUUGAACCCGGGUGAGUACCGCGUGACAGCCCACGCGGAGGGCUACACCCCGAGUGCCAAGACCUGCAAUGUUGACUAUGACAUCGGGGCCACUCAGUGCAACUUCAUCCUGGCUCGCUCCAACUGGAAGCGCAUCCGGGAGAUCAUGGCCAUGAACGGGAACCGGCCUAUCCCACACAUAGACCCAUCGCGCCCUAUGACCCCCCAGCAGCGACGCCUGCAGCAGCGGCGCCUACAACACCGUCUGCGGCUUCGGGCACAGAUGCGGCUGCGGCGCCUCAACGCCACCACCACCCUAGGCCCCCACACUGUGCCUUCCACGCUGCCCCCUGCCCCUGCCACCACCCUGAGCACUACCAUAGAGCCCUGGGGCCUCGUACCCCCAACCACCGCUGGCUGGGAGGAGUCGGAGACUGAGACCUACACAGAGGUGGUGACAGAGUUUGGGACCGAGGUGGAGCCCGAGUUUGGGACCGAGGUGGAGCCCGAGUUUGAGACCCAGCUGGAGCCUGAGUUUGAGGAAGAGGAGGAGGAGGAGGAAGAGGAGAUAGCCACUGGCCAGGCAUUCCCCUUCACAACAGUUGAGACCUACACAGUGAACUUUGGGGACUUCUGAGAUCAGGGUCCUACCAAGGCCCCAGCCCAGCUCAAGCUACAGCAGUAGCACUUCCCAAGCCUGCUGACCACAGUCACAUCACCCAUCAGCACACAGAAGGCCCCUGGUGUGGACACUGAAAGGAAGGGCUGGUCCUGCCCCUUUGAGGGGGUGCAAACAUGACCGGGACCUAAGAGCCAGAGGCUGUGUGGAAGCUCCUGCUCCACCUGCCAGUCUCGUAAGAGAUGGGGUUGCUGCAGUGUUGGAGUAGUGGCAGAGGGAGGGAGCCGAGGUCACUCCAAUAAAACAAGCUCAUGGCAC